AUGCACUUCACCUUUCUGUACAGCGUUACAGCUUUGGCUGCCUGUUCGUCUGCUCUUGCUGUUCCCGCCACCAGCAGCGUUCGACAGACCAGCAUCGGGAAACUCACAAAGGACGACGAUGACUACGACCUCGAGCCUUCAGCCAGUUUCGCUUUCGCGGGCAUUACAAGCUUUGCAAAGCUUCCGUCCGUGCAAUGUCUGACCGAGACUGGACCGGUGGACGACAUCUUGAUCUUGGGAUUCCCCUUCGACACGGCAACGUCGUACAGGACCGGUACCCGUCUUGGUCCAAAUGCUGUGCGCCAGGGCUCUCGAGCAGCCUCUCUAGCUGGUCACUAUAAUUACCGCCAGUCGAUCAAUCCUUACAAGCAGAAUAUUUCCGUGGUUGACUGUGGAGAUCUCCCCAUCUCUCCUUUCGACAACGGUCUCGCUUUCGCCCAGAUGGAGGAGUGGUACAAGCGGCUUUUGUGGAGGGAGGUGAAAUCUACUGAACAUGGUGUCAGGUCUUCCAAGACCGGUAAAUAUCACCCUCAAAUCGUCGCUCUGGGCGGUGAUCACAGCAUCUCCCUGCCAAUUCUGCGAGCCCUGAAUACCGUCUACGGCAAAGUAUCCGCGAUCCACAUCGACGCACACAUCGACACCUGGUCCCCCAAAGUGUUCGCUGGUGCCAAAGCCGGCAGCAAACAAGCCCAGUUCGCCGACGGGACGCCCUACUACUGGGCCGGUAUGGAAGGGCUGCUGAGCGACAAGAACGUCCACGCGGGAAUCCGUAGCUCACUGGAUUCGGAGAAGGACAUGGAACUUGACGAAGAAGUCGGCUUCGUCACCAUCCCCGCCGUGGACAUGUUGAAACGAGAUGGCGUCUGGGGCGUCAUUGACAAGAUCCGUUCGGUGGUGAGUCACGACGAGCCCGUCUACGUGUCCCUGGACGUCGACUGUUUGGACCCGGCUUUUGUCCCCGGCACCGCUGGCCCGGCCUCUGGGGGGUGGACUCCCAGAGAAAUCAUUCAGAUCAUCAUUGAUGCGCUUGAUGGGCUGAAUAUUGUCGGCGUCGAUGUCGUGGAGAUCCUGCCGUCCUUGGAUCAGGCGGAAAUUACGGGCAUCGUUGCUGCCGAGUUUACAAUCGAGCUCAUUACUAGGCUGGUUCGGAAUAGACUGGGUCUGUGA